GCCAGCUUCCCUGCUUUGCGUCAUCCUUGCCUCGCUGGAGGCACAAGCCGCACGCGCCACUAACACGCACGCCGUUGCCGGCUGGUCGUCGGAGGGUGCUGGCGCGUGCCUGCAUUGCAAGGGGCCGGGGGACGGCCGGCAUGGAGAUCCACUCGCCGCGGGCCCUCGUCGGCGGGUCGCCGCGGUGGUGUGCUCUCGCGAAAGGUGAGCUCCGUUAUUCCUACCGUACCGUACGUGCAGCAGCGGACUCAGCGAAGUUGUUGAGAGAAGGAUCAUGCCGUAUCUGCGGCGAAGUGGUGGCGGGGCCCCGGGGCACGCGCGUCGCCGGGUGUAGGAGGACCCAAGCGCACGCCGCCGACGAGGUAUCCCAUGCCCAAGCACCUUCUGGGUUCCAAACCACCGUCAUCGAAAGCGAGACUGAAAUCGCAAAAUGGCCUGGGAAACCACAUGAUCUUGAUGACUACCAGUACCAAGUGACGCCUGAGGCUGAUGGGACGGACUUGCAGCCACUGAUUGAUCGAGUCAGGGCAAUGCUAAGAUCAAUGAACGACGGGGAGAUCAGCAUCUCGGCGUAUGACACGGCCUGGGUCGCGCUGGUGCCCAAGCUGGACGGCGGCGAGGGCCCCCAAUUCCCGGCCACCGUCCGUUGGAUCAUCGACAACCAGCUGUCUGACGGCUCCUGGGGCGAUUCGGCCUUGUUCUCUGCCUACGACCGUAUGGCAAACACCCUUGCCUGUGUUGUUGCACUGACAAAAUGGUCUCUUGAGUCUGAAAAAUGCAAGACAGGACUCUCUUUUCUCCAUGAGAACAUGUGGAGGUUAGCAGAGGAAGAGCAAGAGUUGAUGCCCAUCGGCUUCGAAAUCGCAUUCCCUUCUCUCAUUCAGACAGCUAGGAGCUUGGGCAUUGACUUCCCAUAUGAUCAUCCUGCUUUACAGAGCAUAUACUCUAACAGAGAUAUCAAGCUGAAGAGGAUCCCAAAGGACAUGAUGCAUAGAGUUCCUACAUCAAUUCUGCACAGCCUUGAAGGAAUGCCUGAUCUGGACUGGGCAAAGCUUCUAAAUCUCCAAUCAAGUGAUGGAUCCUUCCUGUAUUCUCCUUCAGCUACUGCAUAUGCUCUUAUGCAAACUGGUGACAAGAAGUGCUUCAAAUAUAUCGAUAGCAUAGUCAAAAAAUUCGACGGGGGAGUCCCCAAUGUUUAUCCUGUCGAUCUUUUUGAGCACAUUUGGGUCGUUGAUCGAUUAGAGCGUCUCGGGAUAUCGCGUUACUUCCAACGAGAGAUUAAACAAUGCAUGGAUUAUGUCAACAGGCACUGGUCUGAAGAAGGGAUUUGCUGGGCUAGGAACUCCAAUGUAAAAGAUGUGGAUGACACGGCUAUGGCUUUCCGACUACUACGGCUUCAUGGAUAUAUUGUCUCACCAAGUGUGUUUAAGAAUUUUGAGAAGGAUGGGGAGUUCUUUUGUUUUGUGGGGCAAUCAACUCAAGCUGUCACUGGGAUGUAUAAUCUCAAUAGAGCAGCUCAGAUAGGUUUUCAAGGGGAGGAUGUUUUGCACCGUGCUAGGAUCUUCUCAUACGAGUUUCUCAGACAAAGAGAAGCCCGUGGCAUGCUCCGUGAUAAAUGGAUCAUUGCUAAGGAUCUAGUUGGCGAGGUACAAUAUACACUAGACUUUCCUUGGUAUUCAAGCUUGCCACGUGUAGAGGCAAGAACCUACCUAGAUCAAUAUGGUGGUAAGGAUGAUGUCUGGAUCGGAAAGACUCUAUACAGGAUGCCUCUUGUGAAUAACGAUGAAUAUUUUGAAUUGGCAAGAAUGGAUUUCAACCGUUGCCAAGUUAUACAUCAGCUUGAGUGGAAUGGUAUUCAAAUGUGGUACAUUGAGAAUGGCCUUGAGACUUUUGGAGUGUCACCAGAAGAUGUUUUAAGAGCUUAUUUUCUAGCUGCUGCUUGCAUUUUUGAACCAAGCCGUGCUGCUGAGCGGCUUGCAUGGGCUAGAGUGUCAUUGCUUGCCAACACAAUUUCUACUCAUCUUCAUAACAAUUUGUCGGACAAGAAAAGGUUGGAACAUUUUGUGCGUUGUCUCUAUGAACAAAGUGAUGUAUCAUGGCUUAAAAGAAAUUCAAAAGAUGAUAUUCUUGUGAGGGCACUUCAGCAACUUACUGAUUUAUUGGCACAAGAAGCAACACCAAUUCACGAAAGGCAAAAUUACAUCCACAAUCUCUUGAGACUUGCAUGGACUGAAUGGCUGAUGCAAAAGACAAAUAAAGAAGAUGACAAAUAUAAUAUAUCUAGUGUUAUGGAACCACGGUACAUGGUUCAUGACUCGCAAACAUGUUUGCUUUUAGUUCACAUUAUUGAGAUUUGUGCUGGACGAAUUGAUGAGGCUGCAUCUGUGAUAAACAACAAGAAUGGCGAUUGGUUUAUUCAACUCACAUGCUCUAUUUGUGACAAUUUUAACCACAAGAUGUCACUAUCUCAGGAUACCGAGAAGAAUGAGGCAAGAAUAAACUGCAUUAACAAGGAAAUUGAGUUGAAUAUGCAAGAGCUUGCUCGAUCUGUCCUCCUGAGAUCGGAUGAGAAAACCAAUAACUGCAAGACCAAGCAAACCUUAUGGGCUGCUGUAAAAAGCUCUUACUAUGCUACUCAUUGCCCAUCAUAUGUGAUGGAUAGGCAUGUUUCCAGAGUAAUGUUUGAGCCUGUUUAAAAAGGUUUCACUACUGGAUCAUUUGCAGGGUUAGGUGUAAGUAUAUGUACAUACAGAAAAUGCUGUUAAAUGUAAUGGUAGAGGAAACAUGCAACUGUAAGUUGGUAGAUGCUUAGAAUUGGAAUUGGUGUUGUUAUCAGCUCUAAAUUGGUCAUGUAUAAGAAUGAUAUUCUGGAUUCAUCUAAAGAAAAGUUUGAUAGCAACAGAUCAAGAGUAAUGAAACAU